AUGGGUAUCACCGAUUUCUUCACCGACGUCUGGGACACGUUCGCCCACCCAUCGCCCGACGCCGAGGCUCCCGUCCAGGGCGGCUCGUCCACCAAGUCGCCCGCCUCGGGCACCGACGAGGAGUCCGGCGAAGAGGCCGAAGUCAACAAGGCGGACGCCAAGAGCGGUGGCGAGUCUGAGGAGCAGGGACACCGACCCAGCCAGCCCAGCCAGCCCAGCGAUGACGAGGAUGAGGAGCCCGAGGAGGAAGAGGAGGAGGAGGAGGAGCCCGACCCAAAGGAGACAAUCGAGAAGGAAUGCGCCUCGUCCAAGGAGUGCCACGCCCCAAAGCACCACUACGAUGAGUGCGUCGAGCGCGUAACAGGCCAGAUCGACAACGACGGCAAGGCCAGCGAGGACUGCGUUGAAGAAUUCUUCCACCUCGCUCACUGCGCGACCCAAUGUGCCGCCCCCAAGCUCUUCGCUCAGCUCAAGUAA